CUCUGGGUGGGGGCGGUGUGCGGAGCUUCGACGCUGCGUAGCUCCGUGGGGCUGAGACUGAAGCAGCAGUAGCAGCCGCAACGACAUCAGUCAUCAACAACAACAGGAUCAGCAACAGCAGCUUGUAGACAUCAGUUGAAGCGGCGAUACGUGGAGCCAGGCUCACCUUUGCCACCUCUCCCACCUCCCUCGUCACCUUCCGCGGCCGCCUCCGCCCGCCGUGCUCCUCGUCCCCCCCGGGGGGCUCGGAGCGGCCACCAUGGGUGGCCUGCGGCUGCGGGGCCUCGCCCGGGGCGGCCUCCAGCUGGGCCUGGCCGCCAUCGCCCUGCUGAUCGCGCUGAGCGGCGCCGGCGCCGCCACCACCGCGGCCGGCCCGCCCGCGGGGCCCACCUCCUCGCCCGGGGGGGCGACCGCGACGACGGCAACGGCCAAUCAGAGCCAAUCGUGCCUGGGCACCUACACGUGCAUGUCGGGCAUCCUGCUGCCCAUAUGGCUGCCCAACGACCCGCCGCUCCCGGACAAGGUGGCGCGCGCCCUCGUCUAUUUCGUGUGCCUCAUGUACAUGUUCCUGGGCGUGUCGAUCAUCGCCGACCGCUUCAUGUCCUCCAUCGAGGUGAUCACGUCGCAGGAGAAGGAGAUCACCAUCAAGAAGCCGAGCGGCGAGACCGUCACCACGACGGUGCGCGUGUGGAACGAGACGGUGUCCAACCUCACGCUGAUGGCGCUGGGCUCGUCGGCGCCCGAGAUCCUGCUCUCCGUCAUCGAGGUGUGCGGGCACCACUUCGAGGCGGGCGCCCUGGGGCCCAGCACCAUCGUGGGCAGCGCGGCCUUCAACAUGUUCGUCAUCAUCGCCAUCUGCGUGUACGUGGUGCCCGACGGCGAGACGCGCCGGAUCAAGCACCUGCGCGUGUUCUUCGUGACGACGGCCUGGAGCGUCUUUGCGUACAUCUGGCUCUACCUCAUCCUCGCCGUCUUCUCGGAGGGCAUCGUCGAGGUGUGGGAGGCGCUGCUCACGUUGGCCUUCUUCCCCGUGUGCGUCGUUUUCGCCUGGGUCGCCGACCGCCGCCUGCUCUUCUACAAGUACGUGUACAAGCGCUACCGCGCCGACAAGCGCCGCUGCGUCAUCGUCGAGUCCGAGGGCGAGCGGCCCAAGUCGUCCAUCGAGAUGGACGGCAAGGGGGCGGCGACAGCGGCCGGGGGGGGCGCGACGGCCGUGGCGCUGCAGCUCGACGGGCCCGACGUGGCCGACGAGCCCGAAGCGGGCGAGGGCCGGCGCGAGAUGUUCCGAAUCCUCAAGGAGCUCAAGCACAAGCACCCGGACAAGGACCUGGAGCAGCUGACCGAGAUGGCCAACUACCAGCUGCUGAGUCAGCAGCAGAAGAGCCGCGCCUUCUACCGCAUCCAGGCCACGCGCAAGAUGACGGGCGCCGGCAACAUCCUCAAGAAGCACCUGCUGGAGCAGGCUCGCCGCUCGGCCAGCAUCACCGAGAUCCACGUGGAGGCGGGCGACGGCGCGGGCGCCGCCUCGGCGUGCCGCGUGUUCUUCGAGCCGUCCUCGUACCGCUGCCUGGAGAGCUGCGGCGCCUGCACCCUGACGGUGGUGCGGCGCGGCGGCGACCCCCGCGCCACCCUCUACGUCGACUACCGCACCGAGGACGGCACGGCGAGCGCCGGCUCGGACUACGACCUCGCGUCCGGCACGCUCGUGUUCCGGCCCGGCGAGACGGAGAAGACGAUCAGCGUGGGCAUCGUCGACGACGACAUCUUCGAGGAGGACGAGCAGUUCUUCGUGCGGCUCAGCAACUUGCGGGCGGCGCCCGGGGCGGGAGACGAGGAGGGGGCGGCGGAGGCCGGGCGACCGGACGCGGUGGCGGCGGCGGCCGUCGCGCCGUGCCUGGCGACGCCCGACGUGGCCAGCGUCACCAUCCUGGACGACGACCACGCCGGGCUGUUCGGCUUCGAGGAGGCGGCGGUGCGCGUCAGCGAGAGCGUGGGCUGCGUCGAGGUGCGCGUGGUCCGCUGCUCGGGCGCACGCGGCUCCGUGCUCGUGCCGUUCGCGUCGGUCGAGGGGCGGGCGAAGGGCGGAGGGGAGGACUACGAGGACGUCAGCGGGGAGCUGCUCUUCGAGAACGAGGAGAGCGUGAAGACGAUCCAGAUCAGGAUUGUGGACGACGAGGAGUACGAGAAGAACAAGAGCUUCUUCCUCGAGCUGGGGGAGCCGCGCAUGGGGGACGUGAGCGACAAGAAGGCUGCUCUCCUGUGGUGUGAGCACGCAGAUGGCCUCUCGGCUGAGGAGUCGGAGGCCCGGAGAGUGGCGGCGCUCGGGAAGCCCGGCCUGGGAGAGCACCGCAGGCUGGAGAUCAUCAUCGAGGAGUCGUACGAGUUCAAGAGCACGGUGGACCGGCUAAUCAAGAAGACGAACCUGGCGCUGGUGGUGGGGACGCACUCGUGGCGAGAGCAGUUUGUGGAGGCCGUCACCGUGGGCUCCGGUGACGACGAUGACGACGACGGUGGCGGCGGUGAGGAGCGCAUGCCGUCGUGCUGCGACUACAUCAUGCACUUCCUCACGGUCUUCUGGAAGGUGCUGUUCGCGUGCGUGCCGCCCACCGAGUACUGGAACGGCUGGGCCUGCUUCGUCGUCUCCAUCUCCGUCAUCGGCGUCCUCACCGCCGUCAUCGGCGACCUCGCCUCGCACUUCGGCUGCACCGUGGGGCUCAAGGACUCGGUGAACGCCGUCGUGUUCGUGGCGCUCGGCACCUCCGUGCCAGACACGUUCGCCAGCAAGGUGGCGGCCGUGCAGGACCAGUACGCGGAUGCUUCCAUCGGCAACGUGACCGGCAGCAACGCAGUGAACGUGUUCCUGGGCAUCGGCAUUGCGUGGUCCAUCGCCGCUAUCUACUGGUGGACAAAGGACGAGCCGUUCCGCGUGCAGGCCGGCACGCUGGCCUUCUCCGUCACCCUCUUCACCAUCUUCGCCUUCAUCUCGGUCGCCGUGCUCAUGCUGCGCCGCCGCCCAUCCAUCGGCGGGGAGCUGGGCGGCCCGCGCCGCCAGAAGCUGCUCACGUGCGCGCUCUUUGUGCUCCUCUGGCUCAUCUACAUCCUCUUCUCGGGCCUCGAGGCCUACUGCCACAUCCCCGGCUUCUAGACGCGCUGGCGCUCAGGCGUCUGUCGCUCGGCGCGCGGCGGCGCGGUGGUGGGGUAGGUGGUGUUGUGGGUGUUGCGGCGGUGGGGCUGCUGCCACCGUCGUUCACCGACGACGUCGCCGCCAUCGUCGUAGUUGUUUCGUCCGUUUGGAAACUCUGAGGCCUUGCGUUGCUGAGGACUUCUGAGAGCGCAAUAAGGAAAUGUUAAAGUUCGAGUGCGGUGAGCUAGAAUGGCUCGUGUCACGCUGCUGCUGCUGCUGCCCUGCACACGCCGCAGUUGCGGGUCUCAGGUGGAGCUGACCACGCUGGCGGUGGUGAUGGCGGUGGUGAGAGCAUACACUUGAGUGGUGUCUCACUGACAUGGCACCCGUGGCUGUGGCUCGCGAAUUGCGGCCGAUGGACGAUAAUUAUCGGCCGACUUGGAGGUCGGGCGGCUCUCAGCGGGCCAAGUCCCCGCGGAUUUCUUGGCGAGAGAUUCUGCGAUGCCCCGGCGAGUGUUAACGUCACAGCUGACGGAACCUCGUGGGCUCAGCGUGGUUUAUUCUCGCAGCUGAUCCACAAGUCAUUUGAAGUCGAGUUUGCCGUGUCUGGGUGCCAGUGCACAGAUCUCCCAGGGCGGUGAGUGCCGCCAUCGAGGCACUCUGCUCAUUAAGGACGUUGUUUCUAACCCCCGCGAUGUUCCAGCCUUCACUGACUGCACUCCCGCAAAGCCCGAUGUGUGAAGGAUGCACGGACGCACACGUGGCCUUGUCAGCCCGGUGGCUUCAGGGCGCUGCUAUGCCACUUGCAGCCAUCGAACUGUCCACGCAUCCUCCUCUGCCACCAACUGCCCGGCUUUGCCACCCACUCCCCAACUUUGUUACCUACUGCCCCACUCAGUCACCCAAUACCACCUUUACUACCACCCACUGCCCCACACCACUACCCAUCGUCCCACCCUAUCGCCCUCUGCGAAAGCCUACCACCGAUUGCUGCUAGACCCCCACCCCCGUCAUCCCGUCACUCUUCGCUGCCAAGUUUGUUCUCAGCCUGGUGCUUUAUGUCGGCAGCAUGGGCCAUCAGUUCUCUAACCAAAAACAAAUGAAAGAAAAAAAAGAUCUAUGCUCGAUGUCUGCGACUGCACUUAAUGAAAAACAAAUAGUCUCCCGCGUGCGGAGCCGCCUGCCACCACGGUCCGCUGUGUCGUGUCGUUUCGCGGUGAUUUGUGAGCGUGAAAACCCUUUGUCGGUUGCCUUGGUGCGCGACGUUAGUGAGACGCUUCCAUCCUGCGUCGCUCGUAAAAUCUCCUCGUCCCUAGCGAUGUCGGCGUUUAAUUGGAUCGCGCUUCGACGAUGCGUGGGGCCUGCGUGCGGCCAAUUGCAGUUGACCUCACCGGCCCCGUCGGGGUGAAGACGACGCCGCUUCAUCGUGGCGUUGCUUUCAAAGCGAUCUCACGCGAGCAUUGAGGCUGCGUGCUCAUCUCCGGUUGACAGGCUUGCAGCACCAGCGGUGGAAAUACCACACAUUUUAAACAUUGGAGGGAAGUGGGGAGUCUAUCCAUGGGGCAAGCACUGGUGACUUCUCGACAGAGUCACCUGAACGGAUAAUUACUCUCAUUUAUACCCUCGGAUGGAGAUCGUUUUAGCCAUGGGUAGCGUCGUUCCCGUAGGUAGGUAGUGGGGCACGCACCUGCUGUGCGUGUGACAGCGCAUAGAGCCGAGCAACGUCUGAAGUACGUUUUACAGAGCCUUAUUAAAACGUUAAUUUAUUUAAAUUAUGUAACGUUGAAUGCGAUUUAUAAACCCAUCAUCGUCUUGGGCCAGUGGUCCUUUUGUUUAUUCAAAGUGUCUAUCAACGUGUGUGUGUGUGGGGUUUUUUUGUGUUUAGGCGUAAAAUCCGAAUCUGCUCUGUCGUGUUGAAGAAUAUGUACCGGUACCUACAUUGGAACCCCACGUGAUCUGUGACUUUGUUUUGUUCGCAAGCCGGCAAUUUAACAGCGGAGAUUCAUUACCACCUAAGCUAUGGAACGCCUUGCCACUUGAAAUCAGGCAAUCGGAGUCGGUAGGUAUAUUUAAGCCUGCUUUAAAAACCCAUCUCUUUAAAGUGGCCUUCCAUCUCUCGGUUGAUCGUUUGGCCCUGGUUCUGUUUUUGUUUCCUGCGUCCCAUGCAUUGCACAUUGGGAUCCUAGGAUGGAAUGCGCAUUAUACAUUUGAUUUAUUAUUAGUAUUACUCUGGACGUCAAUCAGGUGACUGAACCGGCUUGCAUUGUAGCCGAUGUGACGAUGCCUGCGAUGAUGGCGGCGGCGGCGGAGGCGAUGAUGGUGGUGGUGGUAGCGUUAGCGGCUGGAACGACGACGCCUCUGUUAGCAGUCAUCGUGACUGAAGGUGGUGGUGGUGGUGAUUCAGCAACAAUCGUCACGAAUCGUUCCGCGCCCACGACUUGCUUCCGCGACGAGCUGGCAUCCAAUCCCCCCUUCGUGUGUUCGCGCACAGAAGAAGAGCGACGUCGUGGCGAUACGGCGCCCUCCCCCAACGUUUGCACGGCAUUUGGCAGGAGAGCGGCCCCCGUGGACUAAAGACUGAAAAAAAAUUACCCCUCUCGGCUUCACGCCCUGGGCAUCUCAACAAUGCUGAUGGCACGCGAAGCGGAUCGCACGCGAAGCGGGGCGUCUCGCGGUAUUUCGCCGUGAUGGAUGUCCCCGUGGCCGCGGUGGACUUUUUUUCUAAUUCCAAUUCGCAGCCAGAACCGCGCCCGUCGGGGGAUUCCGUGCCGUGCCCCGCGCUGUCUGUCCGCACCGCAUGCCCCGCUGGGAGGAGGUGGUCGCAUCUGCACGCCAGUGCUGAACACCCACGCGCUUGACAGCAGGGCAGGCGUUCACUUCGCACGGUAUUUGGUAAUUCGUCAACUGGGUGGGGGGGGGGGGGGCAGUGCCGGAUGAAGCCAGUGCGGAGCCUGUAGCAUGAUGUUAUAAAGGGGCCCUAAAUUUGAAAAAAAUAUAUAAAAACACAAAUGUUUAA